AUGCCUUGUUUAAAUAAUUCUAACACAAUUAGUCAAAUAGUUGAAAAAUAUAAUACUUCAGGUCAUCUGUUAUUCAUUAUUAACUAUCCAAAUUUACUUGAGCAUAUCCAUGAAUAUGUUGAAUUUGGUGCUGCAUAUAAAAAAAGAAGAAAAGAAAGCAUAAAGGUUCUUAUUAUUAAUUAUUUACAAGAAGAUCUUAGAACUAGGUAUAAUGAAUAUUUAUCAUGUUCUGGUCUCAAUAAUUACCUAUUACCUUAUCAUUCAAAUUCUAUAGCUGCAAAAGCCCAUCAUCAUCUUGCAGGUAUUGCGAUCUCUUCUGUCUGUAGAAAUGAAAAAAAAGAGCAUCCUGAUGUACAUUAUUGUUUUGCUUCUGUAAAAGGAGUGAAGCAAUUUGUAGCAAGAUUUUUUAGUCAUUCUGUAAGUUUUCAAGAACUUGUUACAUUAUCUGAUCAUGAUUUUUCUAUUGAAAAGCAACAAAAACUGAUACUAUCAGUUUAUAUGUUAACAAAUUCAAGUGAUAUUAAUAAUAUUUCUUAUAAUUGUCAACUUGCAAUAUUUAUACGUCCACAAUACCAAGUCAGAACUAAUUCAGCUUCACAUAUAGAAGAUUUAAAAUCAUUAACUAAAAAUAAUUAUCUGAACAAAAUAUUAAAAGAUAAUAGUUUAAUCAAACCUAUUUGGGUUCUUUUGGUAGAUGGAGGCCCAGAUAAAAAUUCAUGA